AUCUUACCGGACACCAUGAAAAUGGGACUGAGCACUUCAUCCAUGCGCAGGCGUGGCUGCCUUUACGGCAUAGUACUCGUGCUAAUACCCUGCACGGUACUGAUCGUAGUGAUCGGUACCGACUACACAUCGGAACAAUCGAUGUCGCAACGUAUGGCCGAGUUUCAAAUGCGCAUGCAGUACCUAGAAUCCAUGUACCGCACGAAGCAGGAAGAUGUGGCCAUCCUUUCGCAGUACCUUCGGUUGGCCGCACUAAACGGGGCCUCCGUUUCCGGUGGUGGCACGGGCUCGACCGAUGGUGCGAACGUUUCGCUCGCCAACUUGGAUAUGCUCGAAGGUUUAAGCCCGGAUUCGCGAUCGCUCAUACGGAACGUCACAUCAACGAACCGGUUAGCGGAAAGUCUAAAGCUACCGACGGCUUUCCACUUCCUGCCCCACCUGCUGGACGAUUCGGCUUCGCUGCAACCGAGCUACAUCGAGAGCAAGAAACGGCAAGGCGUUUCGAUCGUGCUCGGCAUCCCGACGGUGAAGCGCGACAAGCAAUCGUACCUCGUUGAAACGAUCGACAAUCUUAUUGCGAACAUGGACGAAGAGGAACAAAACGAUACGAUGGUCGUUGUGUACGUGGGUGAAACGGAUCUUGACUAUGUGAAACUGGUAGCGCAUCAGAUACGGACACGCUUUGCUAGCUACAUCGAUAGCGGCUUCCUGGAGAUUAUUGCACCGGCCGCUUCGUACUACCCGAACAUGAACAAUCUCCGGCAAACGCUGAACGAUUCCCAGGAACGUGUGCGGUGGCGUUCCAAGCAGAAUCUCGACUUUGCGUUCCUGAUGGCGUACGCGCAACCGAAGGGUGCCUUCUAUCUCCAGCUCGAGGACGAUAUACUCACGAAGAAGGGCUUUGUGACGAUAAUGAAAAAUUUUGCGCUGGAAAAAACGGCCAAGAAAGAGCACGCGAACUGGUUUGUGCUGGAUUUUUGUCAGCUAGGUUUCAUAGGAAAAAUGUUCAAAUCCGCCGAUCUGCCUUGGUUAAUAACAUUCUUCCAAAUGUUUUUCAACGAUAAACCAGUCGACUGGUUGUUGUAUCACUUGAUCUACACGAAGGUUUGCAGCGUGGAGAAGGAUGGUAAAAGUUGCAAGCAGGAAAUGUCCAAACUGUGGAUCCAUUACAAACCCUCACUGUUUCAACACAUCGGCACACAAUCGUCCCUGAAGGGAAAAGUGCAAAAGCUGAAGGACAAACAGUUCGGUAAGAUACCGAACUUCCAUCCCCAUCGGAAUCCACCGGCUGUGGUACGGACCGGCAUACAGCCGUAUAAAUCGUACACGCUCCAGAAGGCAUACUCGGGCGAUAGUUUCUUCUGGGGACUAAUGCCACAACCCGGUGAUCUGAUCGAAUUCAAAUUCAAGCAACCAACCACUGUACGGAGAUAUCUUUUUCGGAGUGGUAACUUCGAACAACCUUCCGAUCGUUUUUACAAUACCACCGUUGAGGUACUACCGGCCAGUGGUAAUGGAUCGGCGAUCAGUGCUACGCUGCCCUUCAACGUCACCAAGGAUGGGUUUCUAGUGGUGGGUAGUUUCAACAAUUACGGCAUAGCGGAUGGUGUGAUCGACCCGAAAAUAGGCAAACUGAAGGAGCUCCGCCUGCACGUGAACAGUGACAGUCAGAACUGGGUUAUACUACGGGAGAUCUACUUGCAGAGUAACAGCGUUCGGUGA